AGCACGAGCAAAGCAAUAGCCAAGAUUGUAGAAACUUGAUAACCAAAACUAUCAUGGCUGUCGUUCCUGCCGUAGCACUAGCAGUACAACAUACCCCGGGUGUUUCAGUACCAGGGUGGCAGCUUCAUGGAAAUUUGGUAAGCAGAACACACGAAACUAGAGCCCUGGUAUCUACACCUUUCCAAUUUCAUAGAAAUUGGCGUCCUCUUAUCUACACCAAAAGACACAAAACUAUGGCCGCUACUGUUCCAAAAACACCACAAUCGGCGGCGAAGAAUCCAGAAUACACGUUUGUCAAUUUUACCAACAGUUCUGGCCAAACUCUAGUGCUAGAUGAGCACGUCAUUUGGAAAAGGGCUUCUGGUCUUCCAACACCAAUUCAUAAGCCGUAUAAAUUUAGCCACAUAGCAGAAAAAUUAUCGUAUCACAGGUUAAUAGGUUCAGUUGUAGGUCUUAAGUUCCAUAUCCGAGACAGCAACUGUACGUUGAUUGUUGCCUGGAGCCACACAAGUGUCUCGAACAAGGUGUAUGCUGAGAUCCUUCCAGCCGGCAUUGUUAAGGAUUGGAGUCAAAUCAAAAAAAGUCUUGCCUACUCGAAAAGCCAAUUCGACACUUACAACAACAAAUCCAAAAGCCAACAUGGAUACAGGUGUAUUCUUGAGAUUCAUCCAACCAGCGGUACGCCAACAGUGAAGGCAACAUUUACGAAGGCACUAUAAGAACCGCAGCCAACAGAAGAAUCGUGAGGCUGUCAAAAAUAAAUAAUAUGCGUGCUGGGAGGGUGCAGUACUAGUACUAUCUACUACUACAAUAAAUAAAUUUGACAGCCAGCAUACAACCACUACUGCAUGCUCUCAGUUUCUUAAGUAUUUAUGUAAAUCCUUCGUGUGUGUUUGUUAUAUGUCAAAUAUCCACCUCUGAAUUAAUUGAAAAGCCCUUCAUGCCAUGUCUAUAUAUGGCUAUAUGUAAUUUUCCAUCAUAAUAUGG